AUGGCCCACAAUUUCUGUUGGUAUCGGAUCAUCGAGUCCGAGCGAAAACUGCAGCAGCUCGGCCGGGUGGUCGAGGCCUUAAAACCUACCAUCCAAUCCUUCCUGAAACAUAAGCGGGUGGGCUUUAGUGUGCCCGGCGUAGUCGCUACGUCUACGUUCGCCUACGACAAGAUUGUCAAAGAAAUCGCUAAAGGCGAUAAGGCCCCUUAUAGCUGGAGACAACUAGCCGAUGUCAGCGUUACGGAACCCCUAUCCCUCGAGGACCCCUACUUCGCUAAAUUCGUGGGCCCGACUAAGAAGAAUAAGAGCAUCUUCCCUAAGGCCGUCUACGUGGCCCAGACAUAUAAGAUCAUCAAGAAAUGCCGCGGCCUCUUCAAGGAGUCCUUUGAUAAGGCGAAGCCCGGAUAG